AGCGCCUGCUCGGCUGCAUUCGCUUGGCUGUCGGCGGAGGGAGAGGUUAGCGCCUGCCUGGGCUCCGCCUCGCUCGCUCCGGCGUGGCCUGUGGCUCGGACGGCGUCGGAAGAUGCUCCUAGGGAGGCCAGCGCAACAGCAGCAGCGGCCGGGCGGCUGGGACCGCUGCCGGGUAGGCGAGAGGCUGCAAGCCGCCCUGGCCGGCCUCCAGGAGCUGCAGGUGCUGCGGGAGAAGCAGCGGGCGCUGGUGAGCGGGGCGCUGGCCGAGCAGCCGACCGCCGACGGCAGGCAGGCGCGCAGCAAGGAGCGGCGCCUCGAAGCCACCCUGAGCGCCCUGAAGGAGCAACUGGUAAGGGGUCUCCCGCCGGCGAGGGAGUCUGGCCGCUGCGCCACAACUGCGGCGGGGGGCCAGGGGAGAGCGGGGAUCCCUUGAUGGAUCCAGGCGCCGGGGAUCCUCCAGGGGCCCCUCCUUUGCAUGCAGACGCGCCCCCCUCCUCCUCUUUCCAGGUAGGACCGGGACAAAUCCUGCCUGGAACUGCGGAGAGCUUCUGCCAGUCAGAGUAAACCGUGCUAGGUUAGAAUCCUAAAAGUUGGAAGAGACCUCGAGGAUCAUCUAAUGCCGUGGUUCCCAACGUGGGGCGAUUUGAUUUUUAAGGGGGGCAUUCGAGAAUGAGUUAUGAACAGUGAAUGGCCUUUUAGGCAUACUCCACGUGAAUCGGAGUUCACUUUUUGAAUAAGAAUAAUUAUAUGUCGUGGGAGGGGGGCAUCAGGAUUUUAGAGGUGCUUAGGGGCAUGGCCAAAAAAAAAAAGAAAAAAAGGUUUGGAUCCACUGAUAUAGUCCAACCGCCUGCAAUGCAGCUGGCUCAUGCAGCGAAUCGAACCCACGACCUUGGCAUUAUCAGCAUCAGGCUCUAACUAACUAAACUAUGAACCACAUUAAUUGGACCGGUGGUCAUACUCGGUUGGUACCUCUGGCCAGGCUACCAGUCUCAGAUUUAUUCUAUUUAAAUCCUGUGGUGAGUGAAUUUAUUCUCACUAAAUGGUUCCAUUGCAGUUAUAGAGCCAUCAACAAGUCUAUUAUUUGCUGGCUGCAUGAUAGCAGAAUUAUUUCAUUCAUGCUUAGGCAAACUAUGCUUUAGGGGCUUUUUAGGGACAGCCUACAUUGGCAAAGUAAAUCUGUCCUGGAGCAGAGCCUCAUUAUGAUCUGCCUUCCCCCUAACUAUACACACACCCUAGUUGCACAAUUUUAGAGCUGAUCCCCUAAUUUAGGUUUUAUCUAUUUAAUCUUUCGUUUCCACUAGAGAAUCUAUGGAGGAUGGUGGUUUGAAGGGUGAUGACUGAGAGUGCACAAGUUAAUUGAAGAGAUCCAUAAAAAAAGGUUCAAAGACUGUUGGGUACAUUGUAAAAUAGUAAUGAAUAGUUUGGUUUUUUAAAAUGCAACAUUCAGGGCUGUGUUGUUGCAAGGUCCGAGAAAGGGUAUGUCUGUAUGUAUGCGUUUGAUGUAAAGAAUAACCAUUCUAUGAAACAGGGAUGUAUGAUAAGGAAUAAUUAAUUAAGGAAUCAAUCUCUUAAAAUUACGGGAUUAACAACCCUGAACCAGUCCAUGUUAUCUUCUGCCUUAAAUCUAAGAGGUGUUUCGGAUGCUGCACUUUCCCAGUUACAUUUGUAACAUUUGUAUUGACACAGUCUCCAUAGGCAAUUGUCACAUUUGACAAACUUUCUUGCUUUUUCGGAUGUAACAGCUGAAGCUGCUCUAAAUCCGUGUAAUAAUACAUUUCCAUUAGUGGCUACAUGUUUUGACUAGGCUCUUAUAUACUCUUGUUGUCAGUGAGAAACUUCUUAUGGGUAAGUGCACUUGGAGGCUGAAUUGCCUUUGAUCUGCUCCACCCAUUACCUGAUGUCUUAUUAUUUUGUUUUUUAAGCCUCAGCCUCUCAAUCCAUGGAAGUAAGUCCUAUUGACUUAUUUUAUUGGAACUUGCUUCUGAGUAAACACAUUUCAGAUCAUCCUGCACAGUCCUAAAAAACAAUAUUUUGCCAUAUCAGUUGCAAGGUCUCAAUGAAUAAAUUCACUGAAAUGUCAUGGAAUCUGUGAAGAACUUAAAUUUCUGGUUUAGUGCACUAAAUUUCUGGAGGGUGGGAAUUUUGUUUUGAUGUCAUUCUUUAAACAAGGCUGAAAUAAUAAAUGUGUGUGACCCUGUGUAUAUAAAAUACCAUUGACUUGGGGACCUUUGGUUUUGGGGUUUGGCUUGGGUUUUUUUAAAAAAAUAAAGCAUAUUCCUGAGUGUCUUAAGAUUGGUAUUUGAAUAAAUUCAAGAACUUGUUUUGCUAUUAACUGGAAAUGUAGAGAGAAAUUCACAUCAUACUGAAAUAGCAGAUCUGCAAUGCCUGUGAAUGGCAGCUUUCAUCUUACCUUUGGAAGAAAAGGGGUGCAAAAACUUUGCCACUAGAAGUAUCAUUUGACAGGCUGAUUGGAUGCUGUUCAUUUAAUAUAUUUCAGUCCACUUGGAAAUAUUACAAAAUAAUAAAAAGGCAGCCAUGAUUUGCAAAGAGCAGGAAGGGGAUUAGCAGUGAUCUGGACCAACUUCCUAGAUUGUGGAUGGAAUAAUAUAUGGGAACCUUUGUUCCUCCAGAUGUUGCUAAACUACAGUUCUCAUCAUCCGAGGGCAGGCUUAUUGGAGCUCAAGAAGUUGUAGUUUAGCAACAUCUGGAAGGACUAAGGUUCUCCACACCUGAUCUAGGGCCCAUCCUUCUAUACCAUUGGCUAUGCUGGCUGGGAAUGUUGGAGCUGGAGUCCAACCACAUCCAGAGGACCACACAUUCUGCAUCCCAGGCACACGAUGACCAACUUACUCAAAGGAAGAAGCAAAAACAACACAAAGCAAUUGCUAUUUACUUUUCCUUCAGUUUAAGCAAUGCACAUGUCAACUGUGCUGUCUAACGGGGAAUAGUGCAGAGAGAGUGGAUAAAUAUCAUUUUUAUCUUUCAAAAGUUGGUUGGCAGUAAGCUCAGGAGAGACAAGCACAAAUGAACUUCUUCACUCAAUGUGUAAUUACUUCAUGGAAUUGACUGUCACAAGAUGUGGUGAUGGCCGUUGGCUUAGAGAUGACUUUCAAAACCCAUCACCUGUUCUGAUUAUAACUAGCACAAACAACCGGUGUUGUAAUAACAAAGACUAGAACAGCUCAGGAAAUUUCUUCAGCAUGAUGAUUCAGUGAAAUAUAGUGGCUAGAGCAGACUUUGGCAGCCAGGUGCCCUCAGCUGUUUUGAACCAUAGCUCCCAUCCAAAAUACCCUAUGGAUGCCUGAUUGGUGGAGGCUGGGGCAGAGUGUUGAGUUUCAAAACCCAACUUUUCUCUCUGGUCUGCUUCACACAUUAUUUUGAUACAGGUUUAUGCCUAGGUAUGGCAAAAGUGUACACCAAAAAUUGUGGAUAUGGCCAAAUCUGUUGCAAACUAUGCAUCACACAAGUACAUUUGUUGAAGAGUUGUAAUCGACUGCAGUCAAGUAAACACCCAGUGGUAAAUCUAGGCCUGUGCUUGCAGCCAUUUGAGAAUUUUGAUCAAGUAUCUUAGUUCUCAGCCUUAUUCUGGGGCGAAAAAAGCCUUCGGAAGGAAAAGACAGAAUAAAAAUGUAACACAGAUAAGUAAAACAAUAUGAUGCACCUUAUGAAGGGUUUGCCGCCCCCGCCAAAAAAAGUUCCACAGUGAAAAAGCUCUGGCAGAAAUCAAGUUUGCUUUGAGGCAAGCUUUCUGUCCAGACUCAAAUGCAACAGUGAGUCAGACCAGAAGUAUGAAAGCAAGCCCACCCAUUUACAAGAGGACUUUCAAGUUUACUAGCUCAUGUAUGGUUCCUGGCUUUUUCCUUCAAGUCUACCCUGUCUGAAGUCACACCUGCAUAACUGGCCUUCACAUGCUGCAGACCUCCAAAUCUGAAUGCCUUAUUCAUUGGUGAAGAGGCUAAUAGUCAUUAACUGGCACUACCUAUUAAAUUGAUUAAAUUUAUAUCCAACCCUUCCUCCCAUAGGAAUGUAAAAGUACAUUAGAGGCUUUCUGGCACACUAACUUCUUGCCACACUACAGUGUGCUGGGUUUCAAAUAUAUCUCUCUGUACCAUGGGUAGGCACCUUAAGGCCCGGGGGCUGGAUCUGGCCCAAUCGCAUUCUAAAUCCAGCCCGCAGACGGUCCUGGAAUCAGCGUGUUUUUACAUGAGUAGAAUGCAUCCUUUUAUUUAAAAUGCAUCUCUGGGUUAUUUGUGGGGCAUAGGAAUUUGUUCAUUAUUAUUUUUUUCAAAAUAUAGUCCGGCCCGCCACAAGGUCUGAGGGACAGUGGACCGGCCCCCUGCUGAAAAAGCUGACCCCUGCUAUAUUUCUGGAAGAAAAAUUGUUGUCAUGCUGCAGUUUGCACGGCUGCCAACAGGUGGCCACACCAACUACGGCCUGAGAACAGAACAACAAGCUGCCCAGGCAAGCUGCUGAGGAAGGAACACUGUUUGAAAGAGGAGAGAAGGCAUUUUUCUGAAGCCUCACCCCACCCCCCCUUCCAUUAAAUAUCAGUGGAGCGGUGUUUAAAGGAGGCUGGCAAGUGCUACAGAGAGUGGUUUGGCAAAGCUGCUCUCUAAAGUGCCUCCCUCAUCGAGCAUCACUGUUUAAAGGAGGGAGGGAGGAGCUUUAGAGAGCCUUUGGGUAUAUGUAUUCUGUCUGAAAUACUUUUCUGUGUUAGAAUUCUGUGUUAGAAAACUUCCAGCAGUCAUAUGGGUCCUUUGGGUAAGCCACAAGUAAACACCUUGUAAUUUAUUUGCUAGAAACCAGUCUGAAUGACUGCUGGAAGAGUUGCCAUGUGUUUCACUACUCAUGCAAAAAGGUAUCAUGUCGCACCAAAACAUGGCCGAAUCUUAAUUGCCUGCAAAACACCUCCUCCAUGCCACCAUAAACUAUUACAAAGUGCACACGUGGUUUCCUGCCCCCCCCCCCAGAUCAUCUGUUUCUCUUCGCCCACACUUUGCACUUUGUUUUGCUUUGGUUUUGCUCAAUAUCCAGCUUGAUGCAUUGUUCUUCUUAAUAAGUCCAAAGCUUGCUUCCAUCUUUGUGACUUUUCAGUCAGCCCUAAUAUAGUUUAGCAGUGUUUAUUUUUGCAUCCGUUGCCCUCCAAAUUAAAACAAGCAUGUGAGGGGGGAAAUUUUUUGCAACUCCUACAUCCAGUGUUGAAAUAGAUGGCAUGAUCAAAAGAGGAAAGUGAUUGAAUUUGUGUGACAUCAACUUCUUUUUUUAAAUCCCUGUGCUUUUUGUGUGUGUGUGUGAAGUAGCAAAUAUAUAUUAGGACUGGAAUUCGUUUCUGGGGUGGGGGAAUAAUGCAAUCAAAAUGUUAUAGACUUUAAUCUCUCCAGUACUGGCAAUUACACACUUCAGUAAACUCUGAGUUAAUUCUGAUCUCCCCUGCCCCCUCCUCCUUAUUGGUGUUAGACUUGGCCAUCAGUUAUCAAUCAGGUGUGAAAACACAAAGGGUAUUCACUAACUGUAGGCAGCUUUAUCAGAAGGCAUCUCAGAGUGAAAAUUGGCUUUAACCUUCAGGGGCUGCUUAAGCCCCACUUGUGAAACAUUGCAGCAAGCAUGUCUUGAUUAGAGUCAAAAUGGCAGCACAAGUCUACUGCCAACCACUUGAUUACCUGUCAUUGAUAAUGUUAACUAAUGACUCCACUUUAUUUUAUGGAAGCCCAAAGAGAAUAUGAUUUAAAACAUUUAUGGCUUGCUCAAGGCCAGCAGGUUAAUAGGAACACCCAGUGACCUCUGACCAAAGCAAUCCAUUCCUAUUUGACAUACGUGCUUUGUGCUGUAAGAGCUCAUUUGUAUGUGUGUUUUGUUCCCAGUAAGACUUGAAAAUAGAGGAUUAGCUUAUCAAGAUAUGGCAGACACUUGACCGGGGUUUAAAACAGGGGAAAAAGAGAGUCCAUGGUGUUCCCCUUUUUUUAGGAGAGACAGAGCUUUCUCUCCAUUGGUCAGAAGGAAUGGGUUGAGUCAUUUUAUCAUAGGAAUAGUAGCAUGUGGUGUUUGGGGAGGAAACUGCUGCAUUCUUGGCUAUCCAAACCAAUUUUGACAUAGCUAGCAACAUCUGGAACUCUGGAUGUGUAAAUGGUAUCUUUUCACUAAUGUGCAUUCAGCCCAACCAGAGUGUUUGUUUACUCAGAAGUAAGUUCCACUAAACUCAGAGGCACUUGCUUCACAGGAUCUAGAGCAGGCAUCCAAAAACCUGGCCUUCCAGCUGUUUUGGGACUACAAUUCCCAUCAUCCCUGACCACUGCUCCUGUUAGCUAGGGAUGAUGGGAGUUGUAGUCCCAAAACAGCUGGCGGGUCAAGUUUGGGUACCCUAGAUCAGGCAUCCCCAAUCUCCAUAUCACUUAUCACUUCCUGUUCUGCCCUAGCCUGGAUAGCUCUGUUGGUUAGAGCAUGGUGCUGAUAAUGCCAAGGCUGUACAUGAGGCACUGGGCCCAGAAGCGCAUAGGCAACUAGCACAGUUAUCUCAGAAAUAGGUGCUACAUUGUCCUCCCCAGUUGUGCCUCUCAGCAAUUUUGCAGCUGUAUUCUGCAUUAGUUGAAGCUUCUGAACAACCUUCGAGGGAAGCCCCACAUACGGCAUGUUACCCCAAGAUGGAAGGUUACCAGAAUGUAUAUUGUGGUCACCAAGUCUUCUCUUUCCAGCAAGGGCUGUAGGUAGCAAAUCAGCUGCAGCUGGAAAGAGGCACUCCUUGCCACUGAGGCCACCUAGGCUGGACCAAGCUGGAUCAAGGAGCCUGAGUUAAGGACCUGCCCUUUCAAAGGGAGUGUGACCUUGUCCAAGUCAGGCCAUCUCCUCACCUCCCAGACUUGAAAACUUAAUGCAUGCAAUGCCUCCCAUCUUUUUAUGGGUUCUGUUUCGGUUUAUUGGCCCUCAUCCGAUUCCAGCCCAUUGCUGCCUCCAAGUAUCUGUCAAGAGUCUGAGUGGCCUCUGCUGAUUCAGAUGGAAAGCAGAGCUAAAGCUGGAGUAAUCAGUGUACUGAUGACACCCCACUACAAAUCCCCUGAUGACAGCUGCCAACUGCACACAGGGUCUUGCUACACAUCACUCAUCUGCUUCCUCAAUGGCAUGAUGGAGAUAGUCUUAAUCUUUUUUCUCUUUGCUCUCUUGCAAAGCAUUCUAGGACCAAUCACUUCAUCCUCCGCCCCAAACUGCAAAACAUAGUCAUGCCAUAAGAUUUUAUCUCUGGUAUCAUCAGUAUACUGAUUACACCUCACUCCAAAUGCCCCGGUGACAACUCCCAGCAGGUUAAUAUAGAUGUUCAAUAUAAUAGGUGUGACAAAAUGGAGUCCCAUGGGCUGCUGUGUUUCCACUCCUACUGCAGGGCAGGGCAGAUCCCAGCAGGUGACAAUGGAGGGCUACUGUUAAGCACCAUGGGAAUUGACCUUGCAGGAAUCCAUCCCCAACGCAUGCUUGACCCAUGGAGCUGAUGCAGAAGGAUAACAUGACUAAUGGUAUCAUAAGCUGCUGCUGUGAGGUAGAGGUGGAUCAACAGAGUCACACUUCUCCUGCCUAUCUCUUGGCAGAGGUCAUCAAUGUGUCUGAGGUCAGGGAAACCAAGUCAUUUUCACUUCCAUGUCCAGGUAUGAUGCUGGAGUGAAAUGAUAACCCCAGUGUUAGAAACUGAGAUAUGAAAGCUAGGAGCUUAAACGGCACCAUAAACCUAGGUUAUGCAUGCAACAACAGAAUGUCUAGGUGCACUUUUUCAUAACAAGAAUUCUUGUUGUCAUGUCCGACUCUUCCUGACCCCAUGGACCAGAGCAUGUCAGGCACUCCUGUCUUCCACUGCCUCCCGCAGUUUGGUCAAACUCAUGUUGGUAGCUUCAAGAACACUGUCCAACCAUCUCAUCCUCUGUCGUCCCCUUCUCCUUGUACGAUACGAUACGAUACGAUAUCUUUAUUGUCAUUGUCCCUUGCGGAACAAUGAAAUUGAAAACUACCACAAAACUACAUAAAACUACAUAAAAACUACAUAAAACUACUACAAAACUACAUAAAACAUUCAAAAACCCCUAAAAACUCUAAAACCCCAUUUUAAAACACACUAUAGUACAGAAACCCCUUAUGCUGCAUUUAGAACCAGAAUUGCAUUAGCGUAGAAACUGUUUUUCAGGCGGCUAGUCCCAGCCUUUGUGCCCUCAAUCUUUCCCAACAUCAGGGUCUUUUCCAGGGAGUCUUCUCUUCUCAUGAGGUGGCCAAAGUAUUGGCACCUCAGCUUCAGGAUCUGCCCUUCCAGUGAGCACUCAGGGUUGAUUUCCUUAAGAAUGGAUAGGUUUGAUCUUCUUGCAGUUCAUGGGACUCUCAAGAGUCUCCUCCAGCACCAUAAUUCAAAAGCAUCAAUUUUCCGGCGAUCAGGCUUCCUUAUGGUCCAGCAACAUAACAUAUAUAAAGAAUACAAAGCUGAAAAUGAAUGAACUGCAGCUAAAAUAUUAUGUUCAUUUUUCACAUGGUCUAGUCGUUACCCUGCCUGCCCACCCCCCAAAUAUUUAACCGGUUGUUCAACACUUCUGUGUCCAGGGAUAUCUUCUAAAGAAAGAUGCAUCACUGUCUCCUUCAAAGCAAAGGGCACUUUCCCCUUCUCACUGCAAGACAUUAGUCUAGCUUGUGCUGAUGGAACAAUUGCCAUAGUGCUACGAUGAAUUCCUCCCAUCGAUCUGUGGUGAUUCCCCUAUGGCAGGCAUGUCCAACUCCCAAGAGACAUUGAUCUACUCCCCCCCCCCCCAAAAAAAACUGGCAGUGGUCUACCCUUUGGAUUGACCAAAGUUGUUGGACUUUUGGGGGGGAGCCUUCACCAAAGUUGUUGGGCCUUUUCUGGGAAGCCAAAGUUGUUGAGCUUUUAUCAUCAUCAUCAUCAUUGGGUGAACAAUCUGGAUCACGUAAUCAAGCAAGAUCGAGCAGGCAUGCCCACGAUCAACCGGUAGAUCGCAAUCAACCAGUUGAACAUGCCCACCUUAUGGGAUUUCCAAAAUAUUUGAUCAGUUCCUCUGAUAUUGGCCUACGUGUUGCAUAAGAGUCCCACAGAUUUUGCGCUUUUACUGCUUAAGUGUAAGCUAAUAUGAUUUGCACAAAUUUCUCCUUAGCAAAAUUCCACUAGGAGCUAGCAGACUCCAGGAUCAAACUUUGGUCUUUAGCAGUUGGGAGUUAAUGGGAAGCGUUGUUUCCCAGCAACAUGAGACCCACCUCACUCCCCAUAGUAGGAGACAAUGGGGAAAGAGGAAAGGGUUAACCAGGCAAAUAUAAAUCAUUUUCUGUUGGUUAAAGUGCUGUAAAAUUACAAACAGAUCCUGGAGGUGCAAUAAAUUAUCUUUGAAUACCUGAGAGCCUUGUUGAACGCUUUGUGGCCUCUCUGCCAUUAAUCAGAAACCACAAAGGGAGGGAUUGGCUGGCAAAACAUUAAUCAUUAAGCAAUUAAUUCCAGCCAUGAAAACAAAACUCUGAUUUCCUGAACGGGUGAGGCUAAGGGAAGCAUAGUGUUUCCUCCACCACCCUCCAUGCAGAAAAUUCAGAAAGGUAAUGCAGAAGUAUUAAAUUGGCAUCUUUCUAUUUCAAAUGUGAAUGAUAACUGUCCCAUGUUUGAAAUUUAAUGAAUCCGAACAUUUUUGGAACAAGUUUUGUAGUGGACACAAUACUUUGUAGUAAGGACACUUUGGGAAGCUGUGCCUCAUGUACAACUGUCUAUGGGUGCUGAGAGAAGUAUAGCAUAACUUCAUAUUUAUAUUGGUAAAACUAAGAUUGAAGUCCACCAGAUGUGUGGCAAAGUCCUCUUUGCUUCUUGUGGUUUGGGACAGAUGGCCAAACCAACAGGGCCUCUCCCUGAGGGAUAGGAUCUCAAGCUCUGUACAGAUGCUACCACCAUGUGAAGUUGGGCUGCUUGCACUGGACUCUCCUCCGAGAUCCUCGUCCAUACUGACUCCGCCAUCAGGCCUUCUGGUCUGGGCUCACACCAACCAGCACAAUGAUGGGGCUUCACAUCACUCCUCCUUUUCAUCAGCUUGUUUGUAUGGGGAGGGGGAGAUCUGCAUCUGUUGCACAGGUGGAUGGUCUAGGGCAGGCAUGGCCAAACUUGGCCCUCCAGAUAUUUUGGGACUACAACUCCCAUCAUCCCCAGCUAACAGGAUCAGUGGUCAGGGAUGAUGGGAAUUGUCCCAAAACAUCUGUGGCCAUGCCUGGCCUAGGACCUAGGCAAAGAGAUUGCAGCCUUUCUUAUAAGCACCACCUCAGUAAUUUGUUAUUUUUUAAUUGCUGCUACAACAGCCAAAUUGCUGGGCUUCAUGAGAAAACACUUGAGGGAAGAUGGGGCCCAUGGCCUUUAAUUUAGCUGUCUCCACCAACACACACACAAGGUCUUAGUCAUAAGAACAGAAAUAUAAGACAAGCCUGCUGGAUCAAGCCAGUGACCCAUCUAGUCCAGCAUCCUGUUCUCACAGUGGCUAACCAGAUGCCUGUGGAAGGCUCACAAGCAGGAUCUGAGCACAGCAGGCUCUUUGGGAUAGCACCGUGCUACUGAAAUGGCAACGCUUUUAACAAUUCUAUUCCUGAACUGUAAAUCAAGAAUGUGUCCAUGUUUGAAUGUACUUUGGGCGUCAAAAGACGCUUGAAAACAUAUUUGUUUUUCAAGAAGUCAAUACGUGGACAGUGUCAUUUUGUGUUACAAAGUCUUUUAUCUAGAAAUUUAUUAAGUCAGUGUAACUGGACGUAAUGCCAUUUUGGCCCAUUGGCUUUAUGAGCCUGCUCUAUGCCUCUUUUGAAGUCACUGAAAUUUGCCCCGUUGCAUUUUGCUGGGAAUUAAAAGGGCUCCGAGGUGUUCAGAUGAGGAAAAGACAAGUUAAUCCAUGGGUCUGAAAUUAACAGAAUGUUUAGUGAAGCAAAUAAUAGCUUGCUGGUUUUUGAACAUACUGUGCUUUGGGCUCACUCUCCCCGGCCUAAGCUGAGAUCCAAAAUAGUUGUUAAGAAUGCAGCCAAACUUUGCUCUUCCCCUUUCAAACCCCCAGCCUUUUAUGCUGCCCCAAAGGUUGUUGCCUGGAGUGGCUAGAUAGGGGCCCCUCCAGACGUAACAUGGGAUGGGAUGCUUCACAGGAACAUAGGAAGCUGCCAUAUACUGAGUCAGACCAAUGGUCCCUCUAGCUCAGUAUUGUCUGCACUGAUUGACAACAGCUCUCCUGGGUUUCAGCCAGGGAGUCUUUCCCAUCCCUACUGGGGAUUAAACUGGAUGCUUCCCGUAGGCAUCUGUGGAUUUUGCAUGAUACUUUCUCCCCAGGGAGGCUCACCUGGCACCUUCCACACUGCAUAUCUUUAGGUGCCAGGCUUCUCUAUAACCAGACCUUUGGCUAGUUCAACAAUCUAUAAACUUUUAGGUGUGUUUGUAGGAAGGGAGUUUAUUGGUUUGUUAUUUUUUGGUAUAUAUUUUGUGCUCUCAUUUUGUAUUUUUCUAUUGUGAACUAGGGACACGGGUGGCGUUGUGGGUUAAACCACAGAGCCUAGGACUUGCUGAUCAGAAGGUCGGCGGUUCGAAUCCCCACGAUGGGGUGAGCUCCCAUUGCUCGGUCUCUGCUCCUGCCAACCUAGUGGUAUGAAAGCACGUCAAAUGCAGGUAGAUAAAUAGGUACCACUCUGGUGGGAAGGUAAACGGCGUUUCCGUGCGCUGCUCUGGUUCGCCAGAAGUGGCUUAGUCAUGCUGGCCACAUGACCCGGAAGCUGUACACCGGCUCCCCCGGCCAGUAAAGCGAGAUGAGCACCGCAACCCCAGAAUCGGUCAUGACUGGACCUAAUGGUCAGGGGUCCCUGGGUUCUUCCCUGGGUUCUUCAGGUGAAGGAAAGUGUACACAGUUAAUUACUAAAUAAAACAAAUACGGUAAGUAGUUCGACUUAUAACAUUAUGUCAUACGGUGGAGAGCAGGAAUGGUGGGACUAAUCCAUUUUUGGUGGAAGUCACAUAAAAUCUGAUUUGGAAUUCAGAAGCCCCCUGUGCACAUGUAGAAGCUGCUCUUAGAGUGUUCUGGGAGCUCACACCAGACCAGUGUUUUCAAAGUGAUCUUUUAGAAAGUCUCUUCGAGUUCAGUGAGACUUAUUCUCAGGAAAGUGUAUGUAGAAGUGAAGCCUAAUAAGCUGUUUUAAUGGACUGUUGUAUUUUUUAAAAUAAUGCUUUUGUUUCUACCAGUUUUAAAAUAUUACUUACCCCCAAAUCUUUGCAAUAUGAUGGAAUAUGACUUUAAAUAGUAUACAUUUACAUAAAUAUAUAAAAUACAAUUUGCUUCCAUAUCUGCAGUUCUGUCAACCAAGUUGGUUUUCGCUCCAUUCACAAGUGUUCUAAUCAUUUCAUUCUAGUAUGAUUACCUUUGCAGUGCUUACUCUAGUGCAUGUGUAGCCAAUGUUCUACUCACCAGAUGUUGAUGAACUACAGCUCCCAUCAUCCCUGAUCAUUAGCCUGGGUUGUUGGGAGUUGCUGUCCAACAGCAUGUGGAAAGCACCACAUUGGCUUUCCUUGCUCUAGUGUAGUGCUUCCAAAACUUGGGUCCCCAGCUGUUUCUGGACUACAGUUCCCUUAAUCUAUGACCAUUGGUCCUGCUAGCUAGGGAUGAUGGGAGUUGUAGUCCAAAAACAGUGGGAGACCCAAGUUUCGGAAACACUGCUCUAGUGUGUCUAGUUUGUUUGGGGUAUGAGAUCUUCCAUGUGGCCAUUCUGUGUGUAUUGUUCCUCUGAAGGCGGGCUUAACCCUGACACAAUUUGGGCUGGUCCCUUAGAACUUUUCUGAAAGUGUCUCGUUUUCACUCUCCCAUUGCUAACAGUCACGUCUGAGGAGGCAAGAUGUCGGGUUGAAAGGCCACCUGGAUCAGCUGGACCAACAAAUUAGUGAACUGAAGUUGGAUGUUGGCAAGACCUCCAUUGAGUAUCUUGACAGUGACAGCAGACCCAGCUCAGGUAAUGUGAGAAUUGACUGUUGAAGGAUAUCUAUGUAGUUAUUAUUUAAACAACACUCUAGAUUUUCCACAGAAGACUGAUCCUUCUGUAAAAAGAAAAACAUGGGAGUGCUUCGCUUGGGUUCAGGGUCAUGCUGUACAUGUGUUCUCUGUAAUCCGGAAAAUGUCCUCUUUAUCUCCUCACAGGCUUUUAUGAUCUGAGUGAUGGCGGCUCCUGCUCCCUGUCCAAUUCCUGUACAUCAGUCUUCAGUGAAUCCAUCUCUUCUUCUCAUGCCAGCCUCUUGCCAAGUUCCCAGCACCCCAAGACCCGUCUCAGCAUCUUCGAUUACCGCCCCAAAUCUGCGGAUGAAACCACGGUACACAACCAGUUCCAACAGCAGGGAGCCUACAUCGGUGAUGAAUGCCGAAUCAAAGCUUGCCCUGAUAUUUCAGGGACUCCUACCAGGUCCAGGCCAAGGCCUGUUUCCACAGGUGACUACACAAACAUCCCAUUAAAGCUUUCAUAUCACCUUGCAUCUCCUCAGGCAUGAUGGUGCUUUCCAGUUCAGUUGCAUCACACAUUUAUAUGGGAGGCAUCAAGAGUUAAUAGGACAAGUAAUGUAAAGCAUGAGUGAAACCAUCCCUAAAUUCUUUUAACCCAUCUUAAUCAUUCCUGUAGAAAAAUGAAAACUCAUUUUCUGGUGUGUGCGUACACGUGUACACACAUACAGAGAGUAAAAAAGAAAGAAAGAUGGAAGUCUAAUAUUGUGUUUCAUUUUUUUCUGAAAGAACUUAUUGGUGAGGACCAUAAUGGUGGGUGUAAGAUGUAAUGAGCUCUUGGGCAUGUGUAUCUUUCUACCAGUGGGGUGCCUGAGGCCCUAUUUAGAUGUUUCAUUAAGGACUCAGGAAUCAGCUUUAUAGCAAAGGAAGUGUUCAAGAAGCGAAAUAAAGUUCAGCACUGCCAAGUUUGGGUGCAAUAAGAUUUUGAGAGCUCCUCUCAUUGCCCAGUAAAAAUACUCCAGAGAAAAAUGAGAAAAUGAGAAACGAGAAAAAUUUAGUCUUUGGUGUCUUGAGACAGACCUUCAUUUUUACGUUGUUGACUACCUUUUUAUAAUUCUGUCCUCUUACCAGGUGACCUUGAAAGACUCGCCCUGGCAGAUGCAGGAUAUCCUAAAGUAACUGACCCCAAAUCCUUUCCUCUGCUUUCCCCCGGAGGGGAAAUCCAGUUCUUCAGUGUGGACCCCAAAUACCAGAGUGACUUGGUCUCCAAAAGCGGGAACGAAGUGUAUCCUUACCCUAGUCCUCUUCACGCUGUGGCUUUACAAAGUCCACUUUUUUCCCUGGCUGGGCCCCCGUCAGAAAAAGAGGCUCACCCCUUGCCUAACAAAGUUGCCCCUCACGCUGUUGGGCCCAGUUUGAUUAGGACACUGCCCGUUGCAGAGUCCAGGCCAGGAGGUUACAUCAACAAACUGCUCCAGCUGACACGCUCGAGAGGAAACAAUCAGGCAGACGCCGGUGAGAGGUGUCCAACAAAGAGCCAGCCAUUCACAAUGCUCCAGAGGCUCAUUAUAAUCCCCAGCCCUGGCGGAGUGAAAAUUAACAGCAGUGGCAGCCAGAUGGAAAAACAAGGGAGCUCGCUGCAUGGUAACAAAGCGGAGGGGAAGCUGCGGAGGGGAAUGCCUGAAGGGGAAUGUGCCAAACAGCAGGGGACUCGGCACAGUGCAAAUGUUGAGCAGGCAGCUGCCCCGGCCCAUGCAGAGUCUCCGCUGGCUGCGAAUGGCUGCUACUCUGCCAGUUCGUCAGCAAGGGAUUCUCCUCUGACUGAAGCCGGAGAAAGCAGCCUGGAACGCAGCUCUUCCAGCUCCCAGCUCGGAACAGAGGAUUCUAGCCUGAGCCCCGCAAACACCAAUGUCGCCCCAACCAAGAAAUCUCACAAGAAACCUGUCAAGGCAGGAGGCCAUGACCUGGUGCCUCAGGGUGGCUUUGUUCAUGCCAAGUUUGUCCCCGCAGAAUCCCACCAAGUCAGAGUCAGGUUUGCCAACUCUAAAACGAAGCCUGUGAAGGUGAAGAGGAGAAGCAGCGAGAAGGUGCCGAGGCCUGGGAAGCAGGCUUUCUUUGUGGAGAAGCCAAGGGGACUCCACCAUGUUGCUGCCAGGCUGCCCGUUGAGUGGAGUCUGCCUCAGAGGCAGCUGAGAGGAAGGAACCUCAUGAGGAGGCCUACUUUUGCUGGGGAAGCUACAGGGAGGUCUUGUUCGGAGUCCAGCCUGUACCCUGUGCCGUUCAGACUCCCUCAAGUACCCUCUGGGCCUGAACUCUACCAGGCCAACGCCCUGUAUUCUCUCGAAGCGGCCUACAUAGACACCACCAACAAGAAAAAGCAGCGUAAGUGGCAGUCUACGGUGGAAAUCUCGACGAAAACCCAAGUGGCCAGCCUUUCAAGCGGCUUUGCCUUGGGGCCACCAAGGCAGUCGGCGCGGAGAGCGGGGAUUACCCGCUCUGUCACAAUGAGGGCCCGUUCCAAGAACCGCCACCCCUUUCGCCCUGGUGCAUAUGCCAGAAGUGAGUCCGAUCACUCUGAAUACUCUGCAGAGUGUGCCUCCCUUUUCCACUCCACCAUUGCGGAGACCAGUGAAGGGGAAGUCAGUGACUAUACAGCCAACCGCUUUGGGGACAGCGAGUCCAGCGAAAGUGAUUCAGAGGGCAGCAGCAAUGGCAGCAGCCUGACUCUUGACUACGACGAGCAUGAACUGGUCUGGCCAGAUUCUUCUCCCAGGCAGCCAGCAGCUGUUCCGACUUCGUCCAAGUCUCUUCCACCAAUGCCCAAACUCUGUCGCAUCAAAGCUUCAAAGGCCCUCAAGAAGAAGAUUAGGAGAUUUCAACCGGCCUCUCUGAAAGUGAUGACCAUGGUUUGAAGUGAGAGGGAGCAUCUGUUUUGGCAGCUGCCUCUGUUUGCAAAACAAAGGAGGGGAUUGAGACUUAAAAGGAUUCUGUUAAAUGAAAUGUGAUGAAAUCCCUAGAUCGCUGGGCAAAGGACCUUUUCUUAUGUGCUAAUGCCUUUAUGGAUGACACUGCUACUCUUUACCUCUUUCUGGUUUUUUUCUUUUGUGUGUGUGCGUAUGUGACUUGAUACCCCGCCCCAUUCUGAUAGAGAUGAAGGGUUUAGAUGAGAUGCCCCCCUCAAACGGAUCCUGUCUGAUACAUAUUUUGGGAAGAUGUGCCGCCUGCAACACAUGGAAGAUUUCCCAAAGUUGCCAGGGGAGAGAGCAUUGCAGUGGUACCUCUAGUUAUGAACUUAAUUCAUUCUUUAGGUCUGCUCUUAACCUGAAACUGUUCUGAACUAGAGGCGUGCUUUCUCUAAUGCAGCCUCUUGCUGCUGCUGCGCCGUCGGCACACAAUUUCCAUUCUCAUCCUCAGGCAAAGUUCUCAACUCGAGGUAACUCUUCCAGGUUAGCAGAGUUUGUAACCUGAAGCAUUUGUAUCUCGAGGUACCACUGUAUUACUAAAGAUGGCACUGCAGCUUCCUCUUCUUUUUGCUGAAGAUAACUUUUUAUUUUCAAGGGGAUCUCCUAACAGUUCAGAAGCGCUCACUGUACUGGCCUUCCCCAGCCUUGGAUGCCCACCAGAUGUUUCAAACUUCAACUCCCAGCAUCCCUUAACAUUGGCCAUGCUUGCUUCAGCUGAUGGGAGUUGUGGUCCAAAACAUCAGGAGGGCAACAGGUUGGGGAAGUCUGCAUUACAUGGUCACAGCUCUUUCCCCAUAGCCAUCCAUUGCUAAUAUUGCUUACCCAGUAGCUCAUCCAUUUUCCUUUGAGAUAUGCCUGUGGUAGCCAAUCUGGUGCUCUUGGACUACAAAUCCCAUCAUCCCUGACCAUUGCCUAGGCAGAUGUGAGUUGUAAUCCAGCAUGUAAGACACCAUAUUGGCUAUCAUUUAAACAUGGGGGUUAGGGUCAGAAAAAAAGUAUGUUGGUCAGAGGAAUGUGCCAGUAUUGCUAUGUCCCAUUUACAAAUUCAACAGAUUCAGCAAAAUAUAACCCUGACCAUAACAGCUGUAAUCUUUUUCUAUUAAGAUGUUUGUGUGAGUGUUUUUAAAAAGUAUAUCUAUGUGGGUCAACUGCAUUCCGAACACUGUGUCACACACAGCACGUUAAUAGCUGCUGUGGCUGAGAGCAUAGCAUCUCUCCUCUGAUUUAUUGCAGGCUCAAUAAAUGCUAUGAUGAUCCACUACUCUAAACAGCUGUCUGGUUUCCUUGUGUUUAAAAGGUAGGGGUGUCAUUUAACUAUU